AACUCGAUCAGGGGAUGCGCCCUCCCCCAAAAACGGGUGAGUUCGCUUCAUCGUUUCAUGCUUGCGCCUCCGCGAUCGCUGCUCUCAGUCACGAACGCAACGUCAACGGUGGAGGUUGUUGCUGUCACUGCGUCCGUCCGUCCAUCCACCAGUGCUUACCGGUGGAGCCCGUCCAUACAGAUCGUGUUUGUAGGUUUGUCCUCGUUUAAUCCACCUCGGUGCUAAGCUACCACUCACCCACCGGGGGGAACUCGCGCGAUUAAUCGUUUCGUUUGUGCGUGUGCGUUGGGUUCGUCGCUUGUGAUCGUUAAGUCUAUCGUUUGCUUUGGCAGCACCAGCAGCAGUAACAGCAUCAUGAUCGGCAGUGACUACGUGCUCGAAGCACACAACAUCUACCAUACGACGGAGGUCGACACCGGUGGUUGCUUUAAUGGCGGUGGCCAAUCGGCCCUGGUGCUGAAGGGGGUGCAUCUGACGGUGCAUAGUGGCGAAGUGAUGGCCAUCCUGGGUUCGAAGGGUAGCGGUAAGCGUGCCCUGCUGGACGUCAUAGCCCGGCGCUCGGAGGGAUCAUCGCGCGGUCAGGUUCUACUCAAUGGGGCGCCGCUAACGAAAUCCUUGUUCCAGCAACGGUGCGGCUACGUAACGCACGCUUGUGACUUCAUUCCCGGUCUGACCGUCUCCCAGACGCUACACUACACACCGACAAUUCUGGGUGGAUAUCUGAAAAGCUCCAAGGUACGCCAGGUGCUGGCCGAUCUCGCCCUGUCCCAGGUGUCCCACAAGAAGGUGGAAAAUCUGAAUAUAAGCGAGAAGCGACGCUUGGCAAUCGGUAUUCAGUUGGUGCGCGAUCCGGUGAUGCUGCUGCUCGAUGAACCAACCCAGGGACUCGAUCCGCUCAGUGCCUAUCUGCUGAUAAGCAUUCUAUCGAACUCGGCCAAAAAGACGGGAUGUGGUAUUCUGCUUUCGCUUGAGAAACCACGAUCGGAUGUGUUCCCUUUCCUUGAUAGGGCUCUGUUUUUGUGUUUGGGAGGAGCCGUCUACUCUGGUGGCACCCGGGCGAUGCUCGAGUACUUCCAUGGGAUUGGAUUUCCAUGUCCGCAGCUCGAGAAUCCACUGAUGUACUAUCUCUGUUUGUCGACCGUUGAUCGCAGAUCUAGGGACAGGUUCCUGGAGUCGAGCCAACAGAUUGAGGCGCUGGUGGAACGGUUCGCUCGCGAAACACCGAUCCCCGAGGCACCGAUCAAUCCAAUCGGCAGUGGAAAGAUCCCGCUGGCAUACGGUAAACCGGGAGAGCUGAAGGUUUGGGGAAUCCUUUAUCUACGAUUGCUUGCUGCUACCUUCUCCUGUGGUUAUGCAGGAAUGAAGGCACUCUUUCUGCGUCUGCUUGCACUUCCGGCAACGAUGGGAUUGCUGUGGCUGUUCUACGGUCAAAUCGGUGACGAUUCCCAUGGGUUCUUCAGUAAAAGUGGUCUGAUCAUGAAUGUACUUGCACUAAGCUACGGUGUAGGCAUCUGGGCAACGAUCUCACUGUUUCCACCGUGGAGAAAACGAUUCUGCCAGGAGUAUGCAGAAGGACUGUACACCGGUGCGACGAUGCUGAUAGCGUACAACGUGGUCUCGAUACCGUUUUCGUUCAUUUCAUCGGCCGCUGCGGCAUGUGCACUGUAUCCGCUAGUGCUGGAUCCCUCGACCCCGGAUGGUAUGACGUUCAUGUAUCUGCUGGUCGCUAUAUGGACCAGUUUCAUGCUUGCCGAACAGCUGUGUAUCAUGUUCCUGUUGGUGAUGAAGUCGCAGCUCAAUGCGGCCAUUGCCGUUUCGUACAUUCUCAUCGUCUGUCUGUCGUUGGCCAGCGGUACAAUCAGGUCUUCCAAGGGAUUGCCAGGAUGGCUGCAGGAUAACGCCAAGGGUGUCCAUACAAAGUACGCUAGUUCUCUGCUCCAUACGGCCUCGUUUUUGGGACGUAAAAUGAAUUGCACACCAGCAACCGGUAUCACAUGUCCUACGCCGGCCGAUUUCCUGCUGGAUCGUAUUGGCCACCCGAAUGCCCAGGAGACGACCGAUAUUGCCGCUAGUGUUGCGUUUGCGCUGGGACUCUGCGCCUUUAAUAUGAUUCUGUAUCUGCUGCCGAUGCCGCGUUUCGUACGCCGGAAGUUUCGCGAAUAGAGAAACUGGCGCUUAGGAGUUUGGAGCGAAUUUUAAUAUUAAUUUAUAAAAGUAUUACUUAACUUUCCCGGUGGGACGAAUGACCGAAAUAAAAUCCUUUUAAACUUCGUAUU